CCAGUUCCCAAUAGGAUCGUCUACUUUAGUACUUACCUCGGGCUGGCUCUCAUCCGCUCUUUCAAGAAGCUCCUUCUAACGACGAUCUGAACCUCGUCGGACCUCCACAUGUUGCGUGCAGCCCUCACUCGAUCGGCCGUGCGGGUCGCCUCCCAUGUCAGACCUCCUACACCCUCUACUCGUAUUGCUCUGCAGCACAUCCGGUGUGAAUCAUCCAACGCUUCGGACGAGCGGCGGAAACGACUGGAAGCAGCUGAUAACUUGCGGCGUGACUGGGACGCCAAGGUCAUCACUUACGAGGAAUUGAAACCGAAGACGACACAGCCGAGUCCUGACAAAUACUUGAUUGACGUCCGGGAACCUGAUGAGGUCCUGCAAGGCUCGAUCCCCUCCGCCGUUAACCUCCCGCUUUCUCAGCUCGCUACUGCGCUUCAUCUGCCUCCCGAGCAGUUCAAGGAGAAGUACGGGUUUGAGAAGCCACGACCCAACCAGGAGGUCACGUUCUACUGUAGAAGUGGAGUGCGCUCAACGUCUGCGUCCGACGUUGCUAAGAGGAAUGGGUACACAAAUAUCCUUAACUACAAGGGUUCCUGGCUGGAAUGGACCGAGCGCGAAGGGACGAAGCCUGCAGCUUAGAUCAUGUUGACCUCCCCAAUGUAUCUACAUCACUGAGCGUCCACACAUAUGCCAUCCGUGUCACACAUGUCAUUUUGCGA